AUGGAAGAGCUACUCGUUGAAAAUCCUCAAGACCGUGGUGAUGCAAAGAAGAUUGACACACGAUUAGACGAUAUUGUUAAGAAAGCUAAAGACGAAACUGUGUGA